AUGGAUGCCGAGGCGACGGAAGGAAACACAGAGCCGAAGACGCCGCCAGAAGAACCCAGUGGCUCGGAGAAGAAGGAGGAAGACAAUGCCAGGUACACUGAUCGAUUAUUUCUCAGUAAGAAGGAGUAUUUAAGAUUCGAAUGCAACAUUUGUCUGGACACGGCCAAAGACGCCGUCGUUUCCUUGUGCGGCCAUUUGUUCUGUUGGCCGUGUCUAGCUCAGUGGCUCGAAACCCGUCCCAACAGACAACUGUGCCCUGUCUGCAAAUCGGCGAUAAGCAAGGAAAAGGUACCAAAACUUAUGAGUUAGAGCAGAAAACUCGAGACAGUGAAAACGUGAGAUACGGUUUUGUCAAAGAUUUUUCAAAUUUCCCUUUCGUUGAGGAAUUUUGGAAAAUGCAAGCUUACAAUCAACUUUUUCAGUCGUUUUUCGAUUAACCUAAGAUUGAUCGGAAGCCGAUUGAGACAAGUUUUGAUAUUUCUUUGAAUUAUUAUCAAUAUAAGGUGCAAAAAAAGCUUUUUCUAUUAAUAAGAAAAUAUAAGGAGCUCAACAUUUUCAUCACUUAGUCCUUUUCUUAAAUCUUCUUCACUUUUGCUGUGACAAAUAGGACUUUGUUCAAUUGAAUAUCAAUAAAAAGGAGAAUCGUUGAGGUGGUUCCAAUUUAUGGCCGUGGUGGAGAGACCAGCGACCCUCGCGAAAAGGUUCCUCCACGUCCGCAAGGUCAGAGAUCCGAGGUCCCACCGGUUCGUUUCAUUUUUCUCCAAGGUUUCAGAAUUAACAUUUCAGCCGUCAUUCCCAGGAUUCCAGUGGGGAGGCGCAGAAGGAAACGGCAAUGUCCAGUUUUCUUUCGGCAUCGGUGAGAUAAUCUUUCGAGAGAGGCUCUCCUUAUGAAGUAUCUACCUCAGGAAUCUUCCCGCUGUCGUUCUUCGCCUCGUGGUUCCAGAAUCCGAUGGAACGUCGACCUGAAGCUCCUCCGGCCGGGUCUCGUCAGUCCCAAGAGGAGCAGUUUCUGUCCAACGUCUUCAUGUACAUCGGCCUCUUCUUCCUGCUCUGGCUCAUCAUUGUUUGA